UUUACAGCACUAACACACUCACAUACAAAUUAUUUUGCAAUAAUUUUCAAAAAACAAAAAAAAAUAUUUUAAUCAAAUUAUUAUAUUCUUUUAACAUUUUCUUUUAUCUAAUAAAAUCCACCUAUAGGUGCUCGUAAAGCUUCCGCUGGCGAUGUAAGUGAACGUAAAGCCUUGCGUGAUCGUCUUAAAUGUAAAUCUUUCCGCUGGUAUUUGGAAAAUAUUUAUCCGGAAAGUUUAAUGCCCUUGGACUAUUAUUAUUUGGGUGAAAUACGCAAUGCCGAAACGGAGACCUGUUUAGAUACGAUGGGCCGUAAAUAUGGUGAAAAGAUUGGUGUAAGCUAUUGUCACGGCUUGGGCGGUAAUCAAGUGUUUGCCUAUACCAAGCGACAACAAAUCAUGUCCGAUGAUUUGUGUUUAGAUGCCUCUGCUGCUCUGGGGCCGGUGAAUAUGGUGCGUUGUCAUAAUAUGGGUGGUAAUCAGGAAUGGGUAUAUGAUGCAGAGGAUAAAUCCAUACGACACACAAACACUGGCAAUUGUUUGCAAAGACCCUCGCGCGAAGAUCCCACAACACCUUUAUUACGUCCUUGUGACUUUAGUCAGGGUCAACAAUGGCUAAUGGAAUCGAAAUUUAAAUGGCAAGCUCAUUAGUUGUAAUUGUUAUUGGAGUUUUAUAAAACUUUAGUUAGUUUAUUAUUUUUUAGAAAUUGUUUAAAUUUUUUGAUAAAAAAGAAAACAACAACAUUUUGCCGUUUUGUAUAAAAUUUUAUUUUUGGUUUUAUUUUGAUUUUUUCAUUAGUU